AUGGGUGCCGACGAGAAGGGAGUCUACGACUCCAACUCCACCGAGGCCCCGGCCGCCAACUACGGCGACGUCGCCCCCCACCAGCAGUCGUGGAGCGCCCGCGUCGUCGACAGCUUCCGCCGCGACCCCAAUGCCCACGCCACCGCCCCGACCUCGCACGGUGGUGACGACAAGAGCUACGACCUCGAGAAUGCUGCCGCCGCCACCGCCGAGUCUCCCCUCGCGAGGAAGCUCAAGGGCCGUCACCUGCAGAUGAUUGCCAUCGGCGGAUCCAUCGGUACUGGUCUGUUCGUCGGCUCCGGAAAGGCCCUGGCCAACGGUGGCCCCGCGUCGCUGCUGAUCGCCUUCGGUCUGAUCGGCAUCAUGUUGUACUGCACCGUCCACGCCCUGGGCGAGAUGGCUGUCCUGUUCCCCGUCGCUGGUUCCUUCUCCGCAUACUCGACCCGCUUCAUCGAUCCCGCCUGGGGUUUCGCCAUGGGCUGGAACUAUGCCCUCCAGUGGUUGAUUGUCCUGCCGCUCGAGAUUGUCGCCGCUUCCAUCACCGUCAACUUCUGGAACGAGGGCAGAAUCAACAACUCCGCCUGGGUCGCAAUCUUCCUCUUCGUCAUCGUCUGCAUCAACUUGUUUGGUGUCAAGGGCUACGGCGAGGCCGAGUUCGUCUUCUCCAUCAUCAAGGUCAUUGCCGUCAUCGGUUUCAUCAUCCUCGGCAUCAUCCUGAACGUUGGUGGCGGUCCCGAUGGUACCUACAUUGGCAACAAGUACUGGAAAGAUCCCGGAGCCUUUAACCACGGAUUCAAGGGUCUCUGCAGUGUCUUCGUCACAGCUGCUUUCGCUUUCGCCGGUACCGAGCUGGUCGGUCUCGCCGCCGCCGAGACUGCGAAUCCCCGCAAGUCGCUGCCUACUGCUGUCAAGCAGGUCUUCUGGCGUAUCACCCUCUUCUACAUCGUCUCCCUCGCCCUCAUUGGUCUUCUUGUCCCCUACAACGAUGACCGUCUCCUGAACGGCAGCUCCUCGGCCGAUGCCGCCGCCUCGCCUUUCGUUAUUGCCAUCAACAACGCUGGUAUCAAGGUCCUGCCGUCCAUCAUGAACGUCGUCAUCAUGAUUGCUGUGUUGUCCGUCGGUAACUCGUCCGUUUACGGUUCUUCGCGUACUCUCGCCGCCCUUGCCGAGCAGGGCCAGGCUCCUCGCAUUCUCGGCUACAUCGAUCGCAAGGGUCGUCCUAUGGUCGGCAUCAUCCUCUCCGCCAUCCUCGGUCUCCUCGCUUUCCUUGCCGCCGAUUCCACGGCCGAGGACAAGGCUUUCACCUGGAUGCUUGCCAUCUCCGGUCUGUCUUCGAUCUUCACCUGGAUGUCCAUUUGCUUCUGCCACAUCCGCUUCCGCAAGGGCUGGAAGGCCCAGGGCCACUCUCUGGACGAGCUUGCCUUCCGCAGCCAGCCUGGCGUCAUUGGCUCAUGGAUCGGCUUCAUCUUCAACUUGCUCGUCCUGGUCGCUCAGUUCUGGACUGGUUUCGCCCCCAUCGGCUACGCAGACAUGACCACCGGCGAACUCAUCGAGAACUUCUUCUCCGUCUACCUGGCCUUCCCCAUUGUCAUCGGCUUCUACGUCAUUUACAAGAUCUGGAAGCGCACUCCCAUCGUCCGCUCACACAACAUGGACCUUCACUCGGGCCGUCGUGACUUCGAUGUUGCGGAGCUGGUCACCCAGGAGAGGGCCGAGCAGGCUGCGUGGCCCAGGUGGAAGAAGGUGUACAAGUUUUUCUGCUGA